UACAGCAACAGCCCGCUCCUCACCCAUCCUCCCUUUCCUCUCUCAUAAUCCCACAUCCACGCCGGGGGAGAUGGAGGGCACCCUGACCCGCUGAAGAGCACUGUUUGAAGGAGAGGGAAAUCUCACCCCCCCACCCCACCCCCACCCCCCCUCUUGCGAGUGCCUGGAUCAUAUCUUUGGAUAACAACGAACAAGGAGUGAAAGGAGGUGUGUAAGCAAACGAGCCUGCCGGCGGAAGGAGGGAGUGGGAGAGAAAGAGGAGGAUGAGUGGCAGGUUUAAUACAGAUGCCAGGCUCUGAGAGUGAGGCGGAGACAGACUGAGGAGCGGAGGACCGGCACGUGUGGAGCAGCGUCUGCAACUUGCAAUUUAGCUACGCACACAGCUGGACAGAUGAGGAGGCAUCAGGGACCACGCUUCAGUCCUGGGUGUAUGGUGCACUGACCCUGCCUGCGACAGGCGAGGAGUCAGAAGACCAGGGCCAUGAUUGGCUCUCCUGGCCCUGGUGGGCGUGCCUUAGUGCCAUGGCCGAAGGUGUGGGGAUGGGUCCUGGCUGCUUCUCUGGUUGCCAUAAUAACCUUGACACUGCCAGGAAGUAGCCAGGCCUGUCCACCACGGUGCGAGUGUUCGGCUCAGCUGAGGUCGGUGUCGUGUCAGCGGCGGCGGCUCACCAACAUCCCAGAAGGCAUCCCCACGGAGACACAACUCCUGGACCUCAGCAAGAACCGGCUCCGCUGGGUGCAAGCUGGUGACCUUGCACCGUACCCACGGCUCGAGGAAGUGGACCUCAGUGAGAACCUCAUCGCCACAUUGGAGGCCAAUGCCUUCGCCAGCCUCCCAAGUCUUAAAGUGCUGAAGUUGAGGGGGAACCAGCUGAAGUUAGUUCCCAUGGGGGCUUUCGCCAAACUGGGCAAUCUUACCAGCCUGGACCUGAGCGAGAACAAGAUGGUGAUUUUAUUGGACUACACCUUCCAAGAUCUGAGGAGUCUAAAACAUUUGGAGGUGGGAGACAACGACCUGGUUUAUAUCUCCCACAAGGCAUUCUCAGGGCUGCUGGGGCUGGAAGAACUCACAAUAGAGCGCUGCAACCUGACAUCCAUUUCUGGCCAGACGCUCUCGUACCUGCGCAGCCUGAUUACUCUCCGGCUUCGUCACCUCAGCAUCAUUGCCCUAGAGGACCAAAACUUCCGCAAGCUGUCCAACCUGCGGGGCCUGGACAUCGAUCAUUGGCCCUACCUGGAGUACAUCUCCCCUUAUAGUUUCCAGGGCCUGGACCUCCACUGGCUCUCCAUCACCAACACCAACAUCACAUCCGUCCCCUCCGCUUCCUUCAAGAACCAGGUGCACCUCACCCACCUCAACCUGUCCUACAAUCCCAUCACCACACUGGAGCCCUGGGCCUUCAAGGACCUGCUGAGGCUGAAGGAGCUCAUCAUGGUAAGCACAGGGUUGGUGACAGUGGAGCUCCAUGCCUUCGGAGGCCUUCGACAGAUCCGGGUCCUCAACUUCUCCUCCAACGACCUGCAGACUUUGGAAGAGGGCUCCUUCCACUCUGUGAACAGUCUGGAGACCCUCAGAGUGGACGGGAAUCCCCUGAUGUGUGACUGCCGUCUGUUGUGGAUCCUGCAAAGACGCAAGACCCUCAACUUUGACGGCAGAGUGCCGGUGUGUGCGGGGCCGGUGGAGGUGCAAGGGGUCAGCCUGAGCACCUUCACCGAUUCUGCACUCUUCGAUCACUUUACAUGCCAGAAACCUAAGAUACGCAACCGUAAGAUGCAGCAGGUCGUUGCUCGUGAGGGCCAACCCGUGAGCUUUCUGUGUCGGGCUGAAGGAGAACCUGCACCUGCUAUUAUCUGGAUUUCCCCACAGCGCCGGCGGAUCACAGCAAAGAAUUCAGGGCGCAUUACUGUCCUCCCGAGCGGCACCUUAGAGAUCCGCUACGCCCAGCUCACUGACAGCGGUACAUACAUCUGCAUCGCCAGUAACGCCGGAGGCAAUGACACCUACUUUGCCACACUCACAGUUCGCAGCCAGCCGCUAGAUGCUGCUUCAGCUUUCUUUCUCAACCGCUCGCUGUACGGCGGCGAGUUCUUCAACGACACAAAUCUGAACAGCACGCGCGUUUUCCUCAAGUUCACUUUGGACCUGACCACCAUCUUGGUCUCCACAGCCAUGGGCUGCAUCACCUUCCUCGGGGUUGUUCUCUUCUGUUUCCUGCUGUUGUUCGUGUGGAGCCGGGGACGCGGUCAACGCAAGAACAACUUCACAGUGGAGUACUCCUUCCGGAAAUCUGAACCUGCCACUGGUAGCUCCUCAGGAGGGACCAGGAAGUUCAACAUGAAAAUGAUAUGAAACAACGCAGCCAGGGGUCCCUUGGGGGAGGCAUGAGCACGUCCCAAAAACGUGUUUGACACACGCAAACACACACAGCAACUGACUCGCAAAGAAGGUUGAAAGCAAAAUAUGUUUUUGUCUAUGGCUCUAUUCAAAAUCAAGCGCCGACUUUAAACCGAAGCCAUUACUCAAUUUGGUUUGUGAAUGAAAACAAAAUGACCCUGAUCUGCCUUUCGGUCUUAUUCAGCUUGUGUUGAAAAUCAUGUAAAAGCUAUUCCUAGUCCAUGCUUGAUAAGAGUUAAGAAUAAAAGAGAUAAGUUUUAUGAAUUGGCAUGAUGACGAGCUGCGGGACACCGGUAGCCCUUUAUCUCUUUCUCUCUUACAAUAAUGAGAUAAUGAAAAGGAAUUCCUCUUCAAUUUAAAUUUCCCUUUAUUGUAUUUUGUGCAGUAAGGGAUUUUAAAAUGAAUUUGAUGAAGAGAGACCUGGCUACCAUCCAUUUAUAGAACCUGUAUUUAUGCUCUUCUAAAGUCUGUAAGUAUAUUCAAAUGCAAUUAAAAGUUAAGUUGUAAAUUCACAGAAUAAAACAAAUUGUUUUAAAUUGAAUAUGUUUUUCUAUAAAACAGAUACCUUUAUCUAUUCUUAAUGAGCUCUGGAUUUAGACCAUUCACAUAAAGUACAAAAACACUUGACCUUUUCUUCUUUGUGAGAUUUUACGACAACUGAAGCUGUGUGAGUUUGGGGCGAGCGCUCUGACCGAGAGCUGCCCUGGCUGCCCGCGGCCCGGAGGGUUUGGUUAGGAAGUCAACACCAUCGGACGCGGGCAGCCAAGGUAACCACAGCAACCAACACGGUAGAGAGCAAUGGGAACCGAGCUGGUAGCCGCAGGAAGGUCGCUUGGUAAAUCACAAGCCCUGUUCAUGCACUUUCAUCAACAGGAGAGGGUCAACCUGCCGGCCUCUACCCUUUGUCCCGCCCUCUGCUGCGUUGGUGGACGCCUGACCUUCCCAGCGCUGCCAGGGGGGAGCAGCCCGGAGCGUCAGGUCAAACUCAGAGGCAAACAGAGGACACACAGGAACGCUGCUGUGGUCUUCACAUUGAAAACAUACAUAGCAACACAUGCAUAGCACCUUUUCUCAGGAAAAGUGAAAUAACUAUCCUACAGAGUGGCACACAUACAUGCUCUGUUUAAAUAUUACAUUCCAGCAAUACUGUAAGUAGAGCCAUAAAGCCAACAUUAAUGUCAAUGUUUGAGUGAAGAAACAAAGCCAUAGUAUGUAUAGGUCGUUUUUUUUAUACGGUAGCGUG